AUGUCGUCGGCACACCCCUCGAGGAGGUCCAAGGACCCCUCCCGGACCGAGUUGGCCAUUGGCCGCUACACGAGACUCGAUGAGAUCGGCCGCGGAAGCUUUGCCACAGUCUACCAAGGCGUACAUACCGUGAGUCCCGACACUCCCCCGGAGCCUCGUCCAUCGGAUUCGCAGCUGACUGCUGGCUUGUCGCAGAAAACACGGACCUACGUCGCCAUCAAGUCCGUCAACCUAUCCAAGCUCAAUAAGAAACUGAGGGAGAACCUCUCCUCGGAAAUCCACAUCCUCAAAGGUCUCUACCAUCCCCAUAUCGUCGCCCUCAUCGACUGCCAUGAGACCACUUCCCAUAUCCACCUCGUCAUGGAGUAUUGCGCCCUCGGCGACCUGUCCCUCUUCAUCAAGCGCCGGGAUACCCUGGGCGACCAUCGCUACACCCGGGACAUGAUCGCCAAGUACCCCAACCCCAAGGGGGGCGCCCUCAACGAGGUCAUCGUCCGCCACUUUCUCAAGCAGCUGGCCAGUGCCCUCCAAUUUCUGAGGGCUCGACAUCUCAUCCAUCGCGAUAUUAAGCCCCAGAACUUACUUCUCUGCCCGUCGCCGUCCUCCUACAAGCACGCCAAGCCGCAGGUCGUCCCCUUCAAGGGCAGCGAGGACUCGUACAAGCCCACCACGGGCUUGGAAUCCCUCCCCAUGUUGAAGAUCGCCGACUUUGGCUUCGCCCGUUCGCUUCCCGCCACGUCCCUCGCCGAGACCCUCUGCGGCUCGCCCCUCUACAUGGCCCCCGAGAUCCUCCGAUACGAGAAGUACGACGCCAAGGCCGAUCUCUGGUCCGUCGGAACCGUGCUCUACGAGAUGGUCGUCGGCAAGCCGCCCUUCCGCGCCGCGAACCACGUCGAGCUGCUGCACCGCAUCGAGAAGGGCGAGGACCGCAUCAAAUUCCCCGAGGAGAACCCCAUCUCGAGCGAGAUCAAGGCCCUGAUCCGCUCUCUCCUCAAGCAGAACCCGGUCGAACGGUUGAACUUUGGGGACUUCUUCCUGAACCCCAUCCUCGAGGAACCCAUUCCGGGCAUUGUUUCGGACGACACGUCCAACGUGCCCGCCCAGGUCUCGACUGCCGCCGAGCCGGGCGAGCCAGCUUCUCGGCCUCGGACAGCCACCCCCGUUAGUUCGAGGCGCGAGAAAGAGGCAGCGGCGUAUGCGGAGAGACGGGAUGAGUCAACUGGAUAUCCGUCCCGGCGGCAUAGCACGCAGCAAGCCCGCGUGGGGACCCCGCCCGCGUCGGCGCCGAUGCGCAGGGUCGGGAGUGCCGACCGCCCCGUCUCCAAGGGGGCUGCGCCCUCCACGCCGCCACAGCGCCCGAAUCCCGUCGCCGUGGCCACCGCCCCGGGACGCCAGGAGUUCACGGAUCGCCACGCGGCGGCCACCGCCGUGGAGCGCCAACGGAGUCGCAAGACGUACGGGACAUCCGCGCCGGCCGACCAGCCCACCGACCCGUCCCAGGAGCAGCGGGAGUGGGCGGCCCAGGAAGUCGCCUUUGAACGGGACUACGUCGUGGUCGAGAAGCGGGCCGUCGAGGUGAAUGCCUUUGCCGACGAGCUGGCCCAUAACCCGCGCAUCCACGGUGCGUAUCCCCGCGGGGGACAGACGGGGGGCGGUGCACUGCCCCGCCGGUCCACCACGCAAGGCACGUCGGCGCCCGUGUCGACCUCGCCGCAGGGCGCGACCCCCGGAAAAGCCAUGCAGGUGGUCCCGGGACGGUCGCGGGUCGACUCGACGCACGUCCGGCAGAACUCGUACGAGCGGCGGUACGCGCCGAGCCCGACGUCGGCCAUCUCCAAGGCGCUCAACAUGGCCAGCGGCCGGCUGUUCGGCGUGGGGUUCUCGCCGCCGAUGGCCAUCUCGAAAGGGGGGCGGUCGCCCCCGCUGGCGUACAACCCGUUCCCGGCGUACCCGUCCGCCCCCGCGCAGAUGAUGCUCGUGGGCGAUUCGUCGCCCAAGGCGACGCCGGUUAUGGAUGAGGAGGCCAAGAUCGUGCAGGCGAUCGAGGAAUGUGCUACCCGCAGCGACGUCGUGUACGGGUUCGCCGAAGUCAAGUACAAGCAGCUCAUUCCGCUGGCGCCGUCGAUGCAGCCGCCCGAUCCGCGGGGCAAAGCCACCGACCGGGACGCGGGCGACUCGACGGACGGGGGGCUUACGGUCGACGCGGUGGUGACGCUGUCCGAGGAAGCGCUGGUUCUCUACGUCAAGGCGCUGUCGCUGCUGGCCAAGUCGAUGGACAUCGCGGGGGCGUGGUGGAGCCGCAAGAACCGGGGCGACUCGUUUGGCGACGCGGCGACCACGCGCAACGACUCUAGUAGCGCAUUGGUGGGCAACCGCAUCAACAACGUGGUGCAGUGGGUGCGCUCGCGGUUCAACGAGGUGCUCGAGAAGGCGGAGUUCGUGCGGUUGAAGCUGCUUGAGGGGCAGCGACGGCUGCCGCCGGACCACCCGAACCACCCUGGCAACCUGUCGGUCGACUCGACGAUGGCCUCGGGGGGGUCGAUGGACGUGGUUGUGAGCCCUGGGGUGACGGCAGAGAAGCUGAUGUACGACCGGGCACUCGAGAUGAGCCGGGCGGCAGCGAUCAACGAGCUUACGAGCGAGGACCUAGCGGGGUGCGAGAUAGCCUACGUGACGGCGAUACGGAUGCUAGAAGCGGUGCUCGAUGAGGAGGACGAUGCGCGGCCGACCAAGGGCGAUCGCCGGCCUGAUGGGGGAGCGACGGAAGACCGCCAGGUGGUUAUUAAACUGGUGUCUAGCAUCCGCUCGCGAUUGGCGUCCCUUCGGAAGAAGCUCGCCGUGUUGGCAAAACGACAUACGCCGCCGAGCGGGCCGAGCAAGGGGCUGGCGUCACACACGGCCCCUGCAUCCCCGGCCGGCAUCCCGUCUCGAUAG